CGUUUACUUGAUCCCUUUCACGCAAAUCCCGAGUCGGUGCAUAAGUUUAACGUUAGCAGAAGAGUUCCCAGUGCGAGAAAUCGGAUCUCAACACACAACGAGACAUCAAUACUGUUAGCCAUACCCCCCGUAGUGACAUGGACUCGUCCGCAUCAGUAAGCGUGCCGUGAAAUUUUAGUCCUCUGACUGUGUUGCAUUGUAUUCUUCGUACAUGGAAAGACAGCGACAUAUAAAUUGAUAAGAUAGUUCUUCGAUAUCGGAUGCUAAGUAGCUGCUAAAGUUUAUGGGAUUAUAUAACAUUGUGGACUUUAAAAAGUAGGUUAUUGGGACCUUACAGCCUCACACACAAGAGCGGAAGUGUUGUUUCGAAGGCAGUCUAUUUUUAAAGAUGUCAUUGUCCGUAAAGGGACUUAUGUCCCCUGUUUGGAAGCAAACUCCUUAGUAGAUGUGAUAAGAAUCUUCACAUCGGGGGAGAUUAGGGCAUCGUUGUGCAUGGUGGUAGCAUGGGGGAUUUUUUUUGCCCCAAAAGGCGGGACGUUGUUGAUCGGCUGAGAAAAAGAAUCGAAAACUACCGUCGACAUCAUUUCGGCCGAGCUGGAGGCUACGACAACAAUAAUUAUAACGGACUAGGAGAACACUAUCGUCAGGACAAUUUAUUACCAGCACUACACCAAAGGUGGCGAGAAAGUAGAGCUAAAAAGACAGCUAAAUCUUCUAAAGCGAACAAAGACGCUUGCUCUCAAAGCGAACACCGAAACCUAAUUGUUACGCAAAAACUAAAGAGAAAGAUAGACAGUGGUUUACCUGAUCAAUCUGCUGGUGGAGGUGGUGUUGGUGGAGGAGGAGGAGGAAGUACAUCUGCUGAUAACGUUUUUAAUUUUGACGAACAAGACUCACCACAAGCUCCUACUAGCCAAUCAUUAGGAAGUGAAAAUAAGAUUCCGCGAUUAUCUGUACAAAUCGUACAAAAGAUUAAUCAACAACAAGAACAUUCCCAAACUAUACAAACAAACGUAACGGUCAGUUCCACGUUAAAACAUUACUCAGAGGGUUCACCUCAAUCGGGGAAUCAAACCACUACAGGAACGAGUAUUCAUACUAGUGUCGAGUGUAAACAGGAACCGAUUGAAGAACCUCAGUGUCGUUUGUAUCAACAACAACAAAACAACAAUCAACAACAAGGCCAAGCGCCUUCACGUUCUAAUCAACAGGCAUCGGAAUCGAACAAAAGUAGUAAUUCUGAUAUUGCAUUUGACGAUCAUAAUCUUGACGAACUAACAGAUAUUUUGAAUAACUUGGACAAAGUUGAAGGUGAAUUACCACCGGAUAUAAUUAAGGAACUCGAUAAAUUCCAUGAGAUUUGUGUAAAAGUUCAGCGUAAUUCUGAUUGCAAUGAUUCAGGUAGUGGUAAUAUGUAUAGUCCAUUAAGUAGUACAUCUCCUGGAUUAGGUAAGGGAUCUUUCCCAGACAAUAUGCCACCCCGGGGACCUCUUAAUCCUGUGUUUGAUGGCAAUCAAAAUGUGAACAAUGCUAAUAAUCCUAUAACCAAUAUGCAUGUCCCACCAUCCACACCAAUAACAGAUUCUACAGGACCAGCGGCUUCCACGUUAAAACAAAUGGCUGCCCAACAUCAACAGAAUACUCCAUAUGUUAUGAAAUCAACGACAAUGGAUCCCUUUGUUGAUCCUUUGAGUGAAAACUAUUCUAGGAGACAAGAAUAUCCUAAUUAUUCUCAACAUCAGACUUUUGGCAAUAUGCCACAGGGACAAAAUUCAUUCCCAUAUAAUCAACAAGGACAAUCAUUUCCACACAUGCAGACGAAGCCAGAUAUGGCCAGUUUAACAUAUGGUGGUACCAAACCUCUCACUCAUUUCACAGAUCCCAUAAACCAAGGUUCACAGACCCCGUCUUCCUUACAGCAACUACAAAACCAAGUUAGAACUCAGUUUAAUCAAUCUCCAAAUCCACAGAUGCAGAUCACACAAACACAACAAAUGCAAGUAUCUCAUGGGCAACAGAGACUCCAUCUUUCACAAACACAGCAACUGCAGAUGCAACAAGCACCACAACAAAUCUCCAUGAGUCAACAGCAAUCAUUUACAAUGCAAGGUCACAUGAAUCAGACGCAACCACCCAUGAUGAAUGAACAGAUGAAUAUGCAACUUAUGCAAGAUAAGAUGAGACAAGAACAAACGCGCCAGCAACAACAGCAACAACAACAGCAGAGACAACAGCAGAUGCAUCAGGAGAGGCAGCAACAAAUGAGACAAAGACAGGGACAGAUGAUGGAAGCUCAACAGAGUCAGAUGCCAUCCCAAUAUAUGAAUAGACCACCACCAGAAUACAAGAUGCAACCAGGAACGCAAUCAUCUAGUUUUAACCAAAAUGGAGGAACCCUGAAUCCACUUCAAACAAUGCAAAAUAUGGUGGACCAAACUGGUGGAUAUGGGGUGGUAAAAAGUGAAAUUCCUACCCCACAACCUCAGAAUGGCACCAAUAUGAUGCAAAUAUCUGCUAUGCAGCAAUCGAUGUCUGCAGCAGUUUCAGCUAAUGCUCAAACCACUCAAGCAUCCAGGUCUGGGUAUAUGGUCCAACACAUGCAGAGACCCCCUUCCUACCCACCAUCUGGUGUACCAAGUCAAGGGGGUGGGGCACCAACCAGACCCCAGCAAGCCUCGUCUACAUACACUAGUGCAAUUCUGAGAAACCAACGACCCCCAAAUGUCAAUGUCGGACCAGAUGGUCUCAAUAUCUCACAACCUCGAAAUCAUGAGUGGCCUCGUCCCAUGAUGCAACCAACUGGACCAAGACAACCCAUGACUGGGCAAACAGCAAUUUCCCAACAAUCUGCUGCAAUGAUGCAGCAAUAUAGUCAGUACAAUAACUCAGCCCAGAACAUGGCACCUGGUGUCAUGCACAUGCAAAGACCAGAAAUGAACUCAAUUCAGAAUCAAAACUCAAUGAUGCCAAAUGGCACAACACAGGUGAUGAUGCAACAACAAAGUAUGCAAAUGACUCAGCAUGGUGUAAUCAGACCAACACAAUCUGGUUCGUACAAUAUGGCUAACUCGGCGCCAAUGCCAUCAGCAAACACUGCUCAAGGUGGGUAUCCACCAUCCUCCACGCAAGAUGAUUUCAUGAAUUUUUUAGACAAUGCUCAAAAUAGUAACUCGGACAUUUUUGACAGCAUGGUGCAAAACUCAGGAACGCCCGAUUUCAACUUACUUGAUGAAAUCUUAGGGAAGUGAAACUGAAUGUAUUUGUGUUCUUAUUUUUUACUGGCAAAACAGUGCUCUAGGCUUUCAAAUUACAAAACAAAGAGGGUUAAUACCUCAAAACAAUCUGUUAUAAAGCCUGUGUGACAAAAAACCACCUACAUGUAUGACUUAUUACAUGUCUGUGCUAUUAAAUAUGUGAUGAUGUGAUAGGAUUGUGCUAAUAGACAACUAGUUGCUAUGGAAGUCGGCCAUGUUGUCAAGUGGUGUUAUUCUUAUAAAGAGGUUGCUGGUACUGGACAGAGGUUGUCUGGUGUGAACCCCCGGGCUGUUGGGUGCUAGACGGAGGAAAGAAUAUUCAUCAUGUGAAUGUGAAUCUUUAAACUGUAUGGAGUAAUGAAUAGGGUCUGUAUGGAAAGUAUUUAUUCAUGCCCACCAAAAAAUUUAACCUGAAAAACUAAUUAAAAGUACAAGUGCAGCGUAACAAACUGUUACUCAAAGAAAGGGCUGAAGGGUAAAAUAGAAAUUUGUAAGAGAAGUGAUUAUGACUAUACAUGUAGUUAUACCUAAAACAAAGUUUAACAUAAUAUCUACCUCGUCAUAUAAUCACUUCAGAAGAAAAAAAUGAAAAAUGACCUUCUAAGAAAAAUGAAGUAAUAUAACACUGAAGAUGUAACGAAAAGUGAUUGUUGCGAUUUUUCUUGUGAGAUGACCAAAGUGUACUAAAAUCACAAUAAUCCGAAUAAGAGUGCAACCUAGAUAAAGGGAGCAAUAAGGGACCAUUUAUUAUACUUAGAUAUAUACAUUAAUAAACAAUAUAUUGAUAGAUCUCACAAGUCUUUUCCAGUUCUGUCCUCAUGGUGGAACAAAUAAAGAUUAAAACUUUAUGUAUUUUGUAUACAUGUAGUUAGUAUAUAAAUAUUUUAAAUUGUGUAUAUAAUACCAUUUAUAUAGUGUUAAUAGAAUAAAAAAAACAUGUCAGUGUAAAUAAUAAUAUAAAACAAUGAAUCAAAUACACCAGAAUCGAUUGGAAAACUGGAGGAAGAAAUGUCAAUCAUUUUGAUGAUACCUCUUGCAAAUUUUCUGAAAGCUAUUCCCUUGAUACGAUUGCUGCAUUUCUUCAAAAUGUUAAUUUUCAAAGUUAGUUGAUGCCUUUCAUGGAUUCUAAUUUCUAAUGGCAUGCUAUGUAUCAUUUGGCUGGCUACAUGUAACUUUCUCCCAGCUAAAAUUCAUUGAAUGAAAGCCAGCACAUCACUUUCCCGCUUUUAUUUUAAGAUGUAUUUUUUUCUACCUUGCUAUAGUUUGUAUUAGAAGUCUUUAGUAUAUAUUUUUGUUGACCUAUUGAUUAAUACUGUGUAGGGUUGUAGAGAUAAUAUAGGUUAAAUUAUGCCUGUUUAUAUUAACUUACAUAUACAUCAAACAACAUGUUAGAAAGGUGACAAUUUACUUUACAUCUACAUUCAGGGGUUAUUCUUGACCUAAAUGUACAAUUUCAAGUACUACUCAUUUGGCACAGACAAAGUAGGGCAUUAAACCCCAUUUCUUUCAUUCAUUCAUUCAUACCUGUUUGGCCUUCAAUAUUAAACAAAUUAAUUUGUGUCAAACGAUUUCGUGGGGGGGGGGGGGGAGUGAGAAGCAUGCUUAAAACUAUUUUAAUAUUAGAUAAUGAAUAAAUAUAAAGAUUUCACCUUUACAGUUUUCCAACUUCCAGAAUAAACAUGAUUAUAUUUGUUUACUUUUGUGAUUAAAUUGAUGACUCAUCAAGCCAUACCACACUCCCAGAUUUGAUUAAAUACCUAACUUAACCAACAGGUACCCAAAUUUGAGGUGUAAAAUAACCCCUGAUAUUCUACAUGUAGUCCUGAACCCUUACUAGGGUAAGAAACCAAAUGGAUUAAAAAAACACAAUUUUGUGUAUCAGAAAUUGUAAUGUUCAAUUCUUCCAAAUUUUAUAUCCAUAAUUUGUUUAGCUGUAUUUGCUCAAUGAGUGCUGGAUUUGAGAAAACCUAUUUAAUAUUCCUGAGAAUAUAGUUAAAAAAUUAUCUGAUUUGUAAUUUUAGAGCACAAGAAAAACUGAUUUAUAAUCCAUUUGGUGAGGACUGUGGUAUUCAUUUCUGAUUUACUCCAACCUUUUUUACAUGAAUCAUUGCAGAGAUUGUAAUUUUUAUAUGCCAGUAAUUAUAUACAAAUAACUCCAAUUGAUAUUAUAUUCAAAUUCUAGGAAAAUUGACUACCAAAUGAAGCACAAAAUAACUUUUAUUUUAAUGUAUUUUUUGUUAUAUUUGUUAAUGACAAUAUUUUGUCUAUAAAUGAAUUUAUUCUAAAAUAUAAAGUGCUAUUAUAUUUUUGAAUUUUUAAAAUUAAAAAAAAAAACGUAUGGCUAGACCGUAAAUAAAUUUAUUCAAAAUAUGAAGUGCUAUUAUAUUUUUGAAUUUUUGAAAUUUAAAAAAAAAAGUAUGUUUUAGUAUGGCUUAGACCAGCAUAAUAAUUUUUUACGUAACACAAAUUUGAGUUUAGUCAAAAUUUAAAAAUACAACUAAUAUAAACUUACAUGUACAAGUCCUAUAGAUUAUUUAAUAAAAUGGUUUUUGAUCAUUUUCAAUAAAUGGCACAAGAAAAUGACAUGAUUUGCAUGUCAUCUUUUUAUUUGACAAACCGUUUAAUAAACAGCCAUAUACACAUUAAUAGAAAUAGUUGACAUUUAACAAGCAAUUGUUUUAAAAAAAACACACCAGACAGACCUGUCAACUUUCAUACUAAAUACAAUUUUAAUAUGUAUUUUGUAGUGCCUGAAAGUAUGUUAAUUUAUGAAAAUUUGACAAGGGUAAUUUGUAUUUGCUCAUAGUACAUGUAUACUGUUAUACUGAAUUUUCAAUUAUUAGGGUGAUAAUCUAUAAACUAAUCUCUUUGAUCCUUAUUGCUAUUUUUAUCCUUUUACAAUAUUGUAAAUUAAUUCAGGAUAAGCUUUUGUUCACUGUGGUUAUAAUUUAUUCUCCCAGUCUGUGUAGUAUGCUGCAUCUAGGCAGAUGUAUCAAAAUUUUGUAAGGAUUUUGUUUAUUUUUCCAGGGUAUUCUAAAUUGAGUGGGAUUUACUAAAGAACAAGUAGGCUAAUAUCGCCAGGGUAUACAAGAUUGAGUGGGAAAUAACUUGAAUAUUGGUAUCACUGACAUACAUGAUAAUCUGACAGGAAAUGAAGCCUUUUAUGGAAAAUAAACUGCACCGAUUAUAUUCUGCUUAUAGGCCAACAAGUACGCGAUUUUAAGAACUUUGCCAAUUAUUAGAUAAAUUGUACACAAUAUAAAUUUUAACAAUCUAAAACGCUUGCAUAAAACAUUGGACUGCGAAGAAAGUCGGGCCAAGUGACACUGGGUUGUUUUCUUCCCAAUGUUGACUAACAGACGACAAUUUUUUUCAUCUUGCCUUCUUCUCGGUUGUUUUCUUUGUUUUCCAGUCGUUCAAUUCACAGCCGCUUUUAUCUGGUGAGACUUGACUUUGCACGUUAAGGUCGUUCAUGUCGAAGACAAUUACGAUGUUAAAUAAAAUUUGUUUCUCCUUGUAAAUUAUCUGGUCGUGAAAUGGGAACUUACUGACGCUUGCUUCCACAAUCAAUAGAAACGAACACAUUAUGUAUUCAUUAAGACGGAGUCUCAAUGGACGACAUGCUUCUUAAGCACUGUUUUCAAUCUCUUUGCAACCAUUUUUUUUUCGCCUCGGCUCAAAUUUUCAUUAGAGCUUUUGUAAUGGUAGGCCAGAAAAAAACCAAAACUGAAAUACUAUUCACGAAUAUGAUAUUUAAAAUCCAUUCUUGUUUUCAUUUUUGAUUUUGUCUAUCUCAUACAAAUAAUCUAAAUAAAAAGAAAAGUAAUUGCACAUCAAAUUGAAACUCCUCACACAGACAAUCAUCGGAUGCCAUUUUCUAUUAAACGAGCUAAGAAAGAAUUGGAAUAUAAAUUACACCAAAUGAACAUGAUAAUUUAAGAUGUCAGACUUGUUUAAAAGAAUAUUCAAUUAUUCCCAAAGUCUUUCUAGUGCCGUGAAAGUUAUAAAUUUGUCCAUGAAUAUAUGGAAAAAAAUUCUGGGGGGAAUGCAAAACGGUGUGAAAUAUAAGGUUGUAGCUUAUGAAUUAUUUAAAUUAUUUGCAUUGUUAUCCAUUGUUUUGAUGGGUUGUUUAAUUGGGGCAUACAUAUAAAUUUAAGCAAUAUGUCGUUUUGGGGGGAGAUUUAAUACAUAUUUUAUGUGAAAUAGAAUUUGUCUAGGAUGUCUUUUUUGCCAUUUCCGAUUUUUAAAUGACACGUCCCACUUUUUUUUACCUAUUUUCUCUCAACAGGAACUCAUUAUGAAACCCACCGACGAACAUGUCAACGUCAUAGAUCAAAUUAAAACCCCACGCAUUUUGUUAAAUUAUCAACCAAUUUCCACAGUUUAUGUGUGUUGAAUUUAAAUAAUCUUUUUCGUCUAACAACAUUUGCAUAUUUGUGAAAUUUAGUUACCAGUACGUGUACAAGUUAAAGAUUAUAUGUAAGUCUCCUAGAACUGGAUAGAGAUGGGGUUUAACGUCCACUCGACACAAGUCAGGUCAUUUCAGGACUAACAUAUAGUUUAAUUUUAUUUCAAUAAUUCUCUUGCGCGUAUGGGUCUUUAGCCGUAAGAGGAAACCGUAGACCCCGAAGAAAACCCACAUGGUUGAACAAGCGACCCCACUGCUUGUCACGUACAAGCGGGGAAUCGAAAUCACGCCAGUUGACUCAAUGAUGUAACGCGCACGCGCUAAAUUCGCCCCCCCCCCCCCGAACUGAACAACAAACGACACAGCACGGAAAGAAGAUACGCAAUUAAAAAAUAACCUUUUUUUAAAAAAAAAAAAUAAAAUAAAUAGUAUUAUUUAUCUAUAAAAUUUUUCGGGUUUGGCCUGCUUAUUUGAUUCAAGGAAUAUUAAGAAUUGAAAUUGAACUGUAAUAAAUCAGAGAAAACAGUUCCUUUAUUUUUGUAUAUUGGGGAUAAAAUUAUGGUGGUUGUCACAGAUUUCGACCUAUAAAACACCGUCUUAAAACGUGACCGGGUAUUGUCUGCGAUAUCACCUCGGUGGAAGCGGACGUAAAAUACAACUAACAAACAACAACGUGACCGGGUUAGAACGAAGACGUCAUCAUUUGAAAAAAAAUAUAUAAUAGAUUAUUGAUUUAGGUCAUACAUUUACUUAAAAUCAAUGAAUAUAUAUACAGGUCAUACGAUAGUUCGAUAAAAACAGCUGGUAUUGAAAUAUAAAGAGGUCAAUCUUCAAUCAAACUUUAACAUUGAAUUACAUAUCACACGAAUAAUAAAAUGGAGGAAAAAUAGUAAAGUGUUAAUCUUGACCGCGAUUUUAUCACGUCAUAAUUUUGAGAAGACAUGUGGACUUAUAAUAGUUGGGACUGCUGCACUCGCUGAUUUGUAAAUGAAUUUUAAAGGGUUGUACGAAUGGUCCUCUGCCUCAUAUUCCAAUCGAAUUUCGUUUCUUUUUGACUGAUAAUCUUCAAACUGCAGUAAACUCUAACUAAGGGUGUGUUUAAGGAGCACGCAUUCUGUUGCAUUUCUUUGUAGCCAAAGAAAUUGGCAAUUUGUCAAGAGUCUGAAAUGGUAGACUCGUCCACCUAAUUCAAUACAUAUAUAAGGUGACGAUGGACCACUUCAGAACAUCCAUCGAUAAGGAUUCUUAGAUCUCUCUGUAGUCAGUUUUGGGCAACCAAAUUAUGAAAACUGAAACGAAAUUAAAAGCUAAUUUUAGUUUAUGAUGCAAUGUAUUUGAAAUUAUUUUUAUUGAAAACAAAUUAUUUCAAGUACAAAUUCUGGUAUUUUUUUCCUUCUACACAAGCGACAGAACCCUACAUUUAUAUAUACAUGUAAAAAAACAGGGAGUAAAUUGACUUAUUCACGAUCCCGAACAUAUAAACCUUUCCUAGGCAACUCUUUCAUAUAAAAUGUAAUGUUUAUUUUGUAUAACUCUGCUGAUAAAGGCAACCGAACAAGAUAUAUUUUAUUUUGUACUUAAAGCUAAACAUCAAAGAAAUAUUAUAAUUAUAUUUCAGUAUUUUUUAAUCGUUGUUUUGUUAGAUACAGAGUAUUGUUUUUGUAUACACUUAUAUAUAAAUGGACACGAUCAAAGCUGACUUAAAUUAAAGGUGUUUUAAUUUUUUAAAAAUAUAACAAAGACUGCUUUAUUGCUGGAAGAUUAUUAUUAUUUCAUGUUAUCAUCGUCUAUAUAUUAUACAUAAUUAUGAUGUCAUAUUUUGUUAAUCUUCAUUAUUUCAAACAUUGACUUAUAGAUCGAUUUCUGUUAAUCGAUUUGUAUAAUAAAAAUAUAUAUAUAUGUAUAUAUAUAUAUAUGAAAGAUA